GGAGGGGGACGGGGACGCGGGAUGCUGGUGGUGUCGCUUCUCCCCUCGGUAACGCGGGCCGGGGGCUGCCGAUGCCCGACCCGAGAGGCCGCCCUGCCGGCCGGCAGGUGUGAGGGUCGGACGGGAUGGGGUGCGCCGCCCGCCGCCACCUGCCUGCUGCGACCGGCCCCGCCGGCGGAGGAGGAGGAGGAGAGCAGGCGCCUCCCCGUCCCACCCCCCUCCCCUUAUUACUAAUUCACCUUUGCAAGGCUUGGUCUUGGUGUUGGGGGGCUUUUCUCCCUGACCGCCGCCCUCUUCGGUUGGCGGAGCGCCUUAAGAAAACAAAAACUACCCUGAAAAAACGCUGUGAGACCCGGUGUAAAGCUGUGAGUUGGUACCGGUGGUUUCAAACGCUGCGCCCCUGGCCCGCAUCGCCACCGCGGCCCCUGAGGGAGGCCUGCUGGGAGCCGGGGCGCAUGGUGGUCCCCGUGGCAGGCACGUUCCUCAGGGCAAUCGCUGCUGCUGCGACAUCCAGAGCCUGCUUUAUAGCCUUGCUUUCCGACGCCGUCAUGCCAAGGACCCCUUGAGCAAAGUGAAGCCUUCUGGCCAUCCAGUAACCUAACCUUUUGGUCAAAGAUUGAUGCGUUAUUCAGAGCUGCAUGGAGUAAAGCACAUCAACUCUGGAACUGCAGAGAUACCACAAAAUCAUUAAUUUCUUCAGCCAAUAUUGAAGAAUUAACUCCUACACUCUGCAAAGUAAAAUUCAGCAAGGUAGCUUGCCACGUGAAAUUUAGAAGAUAUGGAAAAGAUAAAGGACUAAUUAUAGAGGUCGACUGCCAGUUCUGUUUAAACUGUCAGUGGUGCAGACAUCUGACCAAGAAAGGAUUCUGCCCAUCAGACAACGACUUGACAGCAUUUGUGGUGAAACAAUCUGUUCUGUUUGGAGACUGGAAGAAAAAUCCUUUCUGUACAACUGGGUUUGUGACUGAAGUACUUCUAUUUACUCUCCUGCUAAUCUCUACCUCUCCACGGAGAGCUGGCCUGAACUUGCAACAUCAGCGUUUAUGGGAACUGCAGCAGGGACCAGAGAUCGGUGGGAACUUGGGAGUCGCUGACAGAAGAGCAACAAACAUGCAUCAUAUGUCCCCAUAUUUGCCUGGCAAGUCCUGCAUGUGAAGGGAAAAUGACACUUACUGCUCCUAGUGUUUACGAAGAACAUGGCUCUUCACACGGCUGUGAAUCCUCAGACAACAAGCUUCCCUGUGUGCCCAGCUGCCUCAGCCUGACUGCGAGAUGUCUGGCUUUCGCUGGAAGCCAGAAAGGAAGAGGAACGGCACGUAGAUCCUCAGAGCACAUCCUCCCACACGCUGGCAGGCCUCGGUCCCCACAGAAUUCGAUUGCCGUAACUCUUUUUUCAAACGUUACUGAUGGAAGAGUUGAUCGUGGCACUGCCUUCUCUGUUCCCUGUAGCCAGGCUUGUAGAGGCAUUUGGCCAAGAAGCAGAUGUUUACCUUCAGGAAUAUGCUUGGCAACUGAUAAAUAUUUGCCCAAGAUACUGCAUUCUGGUUUUCAUCUGCCAGACUCUGAUUUUUCUCUUCAUAAAUCUGUGGUUGGACAGACUGGUCUCUUACCUUUCUCCGCGGAGCUCCCCGGCACGGGGCAGCGCUUGCCUCCCGAAAGCCCGAACCGGCGCUCAGCCCUUCUCUUGGCUCGUCUCAGGUGGGUGAGCAAAGGCUCGGUGAGCCUGUAACCUGGCCAGGGCUGAGGUAUGAGUAUGGUGAUGCAGAAUUAAAAAUAACGGAUGAGUUAAUUGGAUGAUACGUUUAUGUGUUUGAAAGAAAAGCACCUCAUCGAUACGCUGAAGGCAACGCCACCCAACAUUAUUUUGGUAGUGUGUCUGAAUUCCACUCAGUUUUUAGAAAAUCACGUGCUCCUAAGGCGGCAAAUAUCUGCGUGAGGUUUCGGGGAAGCAGCAGGUGUGGCUGGGAGCGUGUCGAGAAGCAGCUGAAGUACAGGUACGCCUUCUGGCACCAAGAGGAUAAAUUUUCCUUGGGGUACCAAUAAAUUUUACUCAGAACAAGCAAAAAUUUUGGAACAAGAAGCAUUUUUAGAAAACUGUCAUCGGGCUCAGCCUUACCCGAGGGGCUUCGGGGAGAACAAACCUCCCCAGUAAAACCCAGCUUGAAAAAAGCUGGAAGCAGAGCUUAAAUAUGUUUGGUUUUACAGGUUUCGAUGCAGUUUUUGGCAAAGGCUUGGUGUUGUGAGGGGGGUGCAGGUGUUGCUGCCCAUCCCUUUCCUGGGGAAAGAGGACUGAGACAUGCCUGGGCCAUUUGGUUCUGCAGCUAUAAAAUAUUGCUCCAUAUUUUGUAGUGUCGUGGGAGCCGCGGGAGUCACAUUAGCUCCAUUCUGCUGCAUGUGGAGAAAGAAAACUAGCCUUCUCUACCUGCCUAACAAUUAUUUAUUUUUCAAAUACGGUGAAGUUGGUCAAGAUUGUUUUAUUAUCUGCAUUUUCACUCUCCUCCCACGGUGCGCAUGGCCCCCACGAUGGUGAAUGCCUGAUAUCCUGAUGCUUGUGAAUGACAGAGGUAUUUUCCCAAUGUGCAGGUGAGGCAGCAGAGUCUAAAAGUCCUGGCUCAAAAUCCUACCAGAAUCCUGUAGCAAAAGAGGAAGGCAGAACCUCAUCGCUAAGCCCAGCAUGGCAAAAGCACCCCUCUUUCCCACUUCCAAGAGGUGGGCAGCAGUGUCCAUUUGAAAAGUGAUUUUGUGCAUUUAUAAUCCAUUUUGAUGGGGGGAGGGGAGAAUUUUUCCUCCGUCAAAGGAAAAAAAGAUAUCCUGGAGAUGUGUUUUAGUUAUAGACAUUUUUACUGCUUGAAGAAAGCAGCGACAGAGUCAUUUUUAAAGGGAGAAUAUCACCGACGCUGGUUUUAAAUUCUCUCUGCUUUGACAGUGUGUGAUUUUCGUGCUCUUUUUCUGCAAAAGCCUUGGAUGAAAAUCUUUGUGCAGAAAUAAAUACCGCCCGCCGCCCGCUGCGGGCCGUGAAGCUCUGCCUGUCCUACCGGCCCAGGCAGCGGCACCGUGGGAGCUGGGGACGGACUCCAGCACGCCAGGGGCUGAUAAAACCACGUGUAGAGCAAUAGCUGUCGUGCUACUUAACUGAUAAUAUAGCCGUAAACCUCUGAAAAACUCAAUCAGUGCUUCAGAGGAGAAAUAAUUUAUAUUUUGGGCUCUUCGCUUUGUGAGAAUCGCUGGUUAAUUGCUGCUCGUGUUUUAAGAUCUGGAAUAGCACUCUGACCCCAAAGCUCUUUUUAAGUGAUAAAAAUAUCUGUGAGCUCAAUUAUGCCCUAUAUGCCAUCUCACUUUUUAUUUCUUAAAUUUUAAGGGCUAUCUCCCUUGGAGUCUGCUUUUUUCGUCUUUAAUGAAGUGGUGGUGUUCUGUUACAGGCUGCAAUACACGAAGUAAGCGCAUUGUGGUAACUAAUGCCAUAUUCUCUGUAAGACAGCAGAGGUGAUGCAACGAAAAACCCUACAGGCAUUUGCAACAAGUAGGGGACGAGAAAUGCAAGCAAAACAAGCGGGGACAAAGGUCUUUAGGGGUGGAAGACAAACAGUCAGCUCCUGACUUUCCCGUGUAACAAGAUACCCGCUAUUUGUGCGUCUGUAGAGUGAUUGCUUUGCUUCUCCGGUGCUCCAUCGGCAGCAGUCCAAACCCAAUCUGUAUGACAUAUAGAGCCCAUUUCAGCCUUACAAGAGUGCAGCCAUCACCAAGUGGAAUAUAUCAGUAACCACGCCGGAGCCGACCUUUGCAACCUAAGACGUCGGUGAUUUGUGGAGGCUUGUUAAAGUUGCUUACGGCCUACGUUGCACCAGGGCUACCUGUCCUGGAAGAGGGCAUUUCUGCCAGGGUACUGGUGGGCUGCAUGAGUCCGAGCCGAGAGAUGACUUCCCACCCAGCUCAGAGCAGCGGGAGCAGGCUGGCAGACAUCUCGCCACAGAGGAGGCACAACGGUCUGUUGCGAUAGGAUCAGCAAAACGUUAAAUUCAUUUCUAGCUAAAACUCUAUGGAGAUGAAUUUCCACUCUGUCCCUCUGGGAGGCACGGGCAGAAUCUGCAUAUGCGAAUGCCGCUGAAAGUUAGAGCGAGUUUUAUGCGGUCUCUAAACUACAGAAAUACCUGGAUUCACACUACUUUGAAAAGCCAUACCUGCCAAUAAGUUGCCGAAAAGAAAAGCUUUGUUGUGUCUACAAGAUGGAUGAGUUGAAGAUGACGGUUGCUCCUUCAAGAACUUACAAACAAGAAGGCCCAAAUUUAAGCCGAACUCUUCACUUACCUCAUGAAUGGUGACUUAAAUUAAAGCAAGCCGCCUAUCCCUUUGAACACUUUUGUGAGAUAACAUGAUUGAAUUGCAAGAUGGCUGUGUGCUCACAGUGCCAGCACCAGGAGCUUGGAGAAUAAAGGGAAGGGAAGAGCUUGGAAGAAAAAUUACCUGGAUGAUCAAACAGGUCAAGGUCUGGUCUUAAAUGUGCUAAGGAACCCUGUGACAAGUCCUUCUCUGACCAUACCAUUUUCUUCUGCAAAGCUGGUCACGUCUGUGGGGCUGAGCAUAGAAUCACAGAAUCGUUAAGGUUGGAAAAGACCCUUAAGAUCAUCGAGCCCAACCGCUAACCUGUCACUGCCAAGGCCACCACUAAACCAUAUCCUCAAGCACCACGUCUGCCCUUCUUUUAAAUACCUCCAGGGAUGGAGACUCCACCACCUCCCCGGGCAGCCUGUGCCAAUGCCUGACAACUCUUUUGGUGAAGAAUUUUUUCCUAAUAACCAACCUAAACUUCCCCUGGGGCAGCUUCAGGCCGUUUCCUCUCGUCCUAUCACUUGUUACUAGGGAGAAGAGUCCGACCCCCGCCUCGCUACAACCUCCUUUCAGGUAGUUGUAGAGAGCGAGAAGGGCUCCCCUCAGCCCCCUCUUCUCCAGGCUAAACACCCCCAGCUCCCUCAGCCGCUCCUCAGAAGACUUGUUCUUAUGAGGAAUGGUGGACUUCUAUGGGUCCAAGGUGAGAGCAGCAGUGACCUAUGGGUGCCUUUCCACACUGUGGAUGUGAAGCGACUCAUGCAUGAAUCACUCACCAGCAUGUUAGUGAAACUCGUGAUUCCACUCUCUGCUUUGCUACCAAACCUGAGCAUCAUGCAGAGCUUGGAACUGUUUGGUCCACACCAGGGAACAUCCCCAUGACUCAGCCUGGAUGACGAUGCAGAGCACUGGUCAAAGACGACCGUUUAAAAUUGCCACCAAAACUCAAAGUUCAGGCCAAGUUGGGUCACUUGGGUGAGGUGUCCUCCCCAGUGAUUUGAGUUUUUGUGGCUCUUUUCAGCAUCUCUUUUUCUCAAGGGUGGUGGUGAGAGACACAGUCUCUCCAGGGACGAAGAGUACACAGAGAAUCCAUUGAAAAAGUCAUCAUAGUUUUGCUGUGCUUUUUAAAGAAGUCUUUCAAAUUAAAAAGAAGGACAAUCCUGAGAAGGCUUCCUGCCUGGAUUUUGCUUUUCUGGUUUUUACUUUGUCUUGAGAUAUAAAGCUUAAAAUCUACAGUUGAAAAUGAGGCUGUUAGAUUUUGCCUUCGAAAUCCAACUGCAGACAUGCCAUGUCUAUGUCCCCAUCCCUAAAACAAUAAUAGUCUAACCGGUCCCCCAAAGAAUCCCUCUCUUGGCAGGAUUAAACGUGCUGAUCGCUGUUUAAGGCCACUGAUGUGGCUCUACAGACUUUGGUCCAGGACUUGGCUCGGGGCCGGGGGGCCUCUGCACCCCGGGACGUCGCGUAAACGCGCUCGGUGAUUUGUCACAUGGGGGAGGUGCGGUGGAAACGUGCAAUAUUAUUAAAGCGAACCUUUCAAUUUCACCUGUCACUAAUAAUUAAAAUGUAAAUGCAGUGUUGCUAAUUGUGUUUCAGACAAUAUGAUUUUAGAAUAAAAUGAAUGUGAACUCCAAGUGUUCGACACUGCUCUAAGACAAGAAUUAAUAUGUUUCACCAGGGAAGGGGGGCUUUGGUGAUGGUAAAUAUCAGAGCUAUCUUUCUAAAGGCGAGGACAGUUACAGAGCCACUGUUCAUUACUUUGGAUGUGUCACAUUUGCCAGUAUGACAAGAUGUAUUAUGGACAAGGAAUUUUACAGAUGGAGAGAAAUAUCCAUGCAACCAGUCCAUACAGAAAGGCGUUGCGGAGUAUCCCAGACAAGGCCAGCUUGGCGGACUCAGAAAUAGAAGGUUUUUUUCUUGCCAGUCUGCAAGAGUUACCAGAUGGAGGUACCAAGAUCCAAAAUGAAGGAGUUACUUGCUGUUUGAAUGUCCCAUUCUUAACGCCUGUGUUCUGGAAGUCCAGAGGAAUCUACUGAGAGACCCAUCAGCCGUCAGCCUCUUUCACAACAUUGGUUCAUCCACCUGUACAGAAUCUCAGCAGCAUUUGCAGGCACUGGAAGGUCUGUGGCUAAUCAAGGAAGUGGUCUCUCACUGACACACUGAGAAGAAUGAAGUUAGUUCCUCUGUAAUUGAAAGUAUCAGUAGUAAACUUGGCUGGAGCUUGAUUAAUGGUGUAUUAAAAUCAGAGUCUUCAUGCCCUCUGCACGGCUGAGCCUGGAAGACACAUGGAGAUUACGGAGGCGUCUAAGCACUGACACGUACUUGACAGCUCCAUCUUGAAGCCUCCCAGCCUGGGUCCCACCCCCGUGUGUCCCUGAGCUGCGUCUGACUCCAGCCUGACACAGGGGAGGCUCCAGGGGAUGUUCUCAGCCAUCGGGGCCCAGGAUGUGUGUGCAUUGCGGUGCUGACUUUCUCACCGAACAGCAGGCUAGCUGGCGAGGAGAUGCGGAAGGAGGACUAACACUGACCGGGCGGGAUGGCUGCCCUUUCACAGAGUCGGUACCUGGUUGCAUUAAGAGGAAAGGCCAGUGUCCUGCAUCUUCUAGGAGGAACGUCCUUUGGUGGCCACCUGGCAGAGAUGGAGCUCAUGGCAAUAGAAAGAACUGACUUGCAUGAAAUGCUGUCCAUGAUUCCUCCAGUAUGAAACAUUAAAUACCAGUACUCAAGUAAAUGUAUUUUUUGAAGCAUCAAUUACAGUACAAAAGAAAACCACUGAUUACCCAUCUCUUCAUGUGCAUAAAAAUGUUUCUUCAUCUUGCAAUCCCUCUGUAAGUGAUUCUUUAAGAAAGAUUUACUGAAUCCUCAUUGUGGCUGCUCUUAUGACAGACUAGAAAUACCUACAUUUCUACCGAAUGCUUUUUCCACAGGGGGGAAAUGAAAAAAGGAACACCAAACCCAAGCAGACGUUAUUUGUAUUUAUUUGGAUAUUCAAGUAUACCAAAAAAUGUGCAUCUGGCAUUCCCAUCAUCUUUGGCAAAAGUUUAAAGGAACAAGAAAUCAAAGCACAGCAAAUUAAAUCCUGCAGCCACUUCCCAGUGCCUGAAGAAGCUGCCCUAAAAAAAAUGAAGCACUUUUCUAGGUAGUCCUAUUUUUGUUCCUGCCCAUAGAUUACCAACUACUAAUUUCAUAAUGUUCCUAACUGCUCAUGUUUAAGGUGACGUGGUCAAGCUGAACUAAGUACAGACAGAGGUCUGUUAAAUCAGCAGCUCUUUACUCAUUGGAGUGGCAGCGGCCCCUGGGGCCGGGCAUCCUCAGGAGCCCCUUUGUGCUGGUCACUCCAGCGGGAUUCCUGGCCUGGCCUUGAGUUUGGGUCUGCGGGGAUGGCCCAGGCGGAGGCUCCCAUCACACCCCCGGGAAGCCCGUUGUGACCCAGCGAGGGGGCAUCAGCAAGAGGAGUGGGAGCAGGAACCGGCUUUCACCCUCUGUCUGGAGGCAGAGCGUUUAAAGCAGCACUUCUAAUCAGAUUAAGGAAGCCAAUCGGUACUGAUUUGCACUACCUACUGAUUACGUUAUAAUUCUUAAAAGCCACUUUGAUGUGUGUUUACCGGUUUCUACAUACGGCAGAAGAGUUAUUACAUAUUUAAAGCCAUUAAAAUGCACGGGAAAUUUUGUCCGCCUUUAAAAAUGAUACCGGACGGCUUGUCAUAUAAUUUUGUGAAAAAGAAACAUGUGUCUUAAAGUCUUGAAAUAAUCAACAAUACAUAUUUGGAAAUAAAAUAAAACCUGCGCUGCUCUUCCA